AGAGAGGGAGAGUAAAAGAAAAAAAGAAAGAGAGAGAGAGAGAGAGAGAAAGAAUUUAAUAGAUAUUUGAUCCGUUUAUCGGUGAACGAGACACGUGGAAAUAAAGAAUUAUAUUGUUCUUUUAAAUACACCCUAUAUGAAUAAUCUUAUCUUUUUUUUUUUUAUUUAUUUGUCUAUUAUUUUUUCUUUCCUUUCUUUGCCUUUCUUUUUUUUUUUUUUUUAAGUACUUAAUAUCGACAAACCGAUGUUUAUUCAUUAAAAUUUUAAUCGUAGAUAAUGAUUUCAAUAAUGUCAAGCAAGCAAAAUUCUCUUACCUGUCUCUCUUUCUUUCUCUCUCUCUCUCUCUCUCUCUCUCUCUCUCUCUCUCUCUCUAUUUCAUUCAUUUCUAUGUUAUUAUUAUCAAUCAAUGGACGGAUAUUAUAGACGUGUGUUCACGGGUAACAUAAUGGCGUAUAGAAGUCAAUGCGUAUGCCGCAGUGCAAGCAAUUAAUGCCCGCGAGUUUGAACGUACAUAGACACACACACACACACACACACAUUACACAUAUAUGUAGACGCACGCAUGCACGCACAGACGCAGACACGUAUAUACAUAGAUAGAGAUACAUACACCAUGGCACGAAGGGGUGGGGAAGAGGGCGGUAUGGAUUUUGACGGUGUCAGAAACGUUGACGGGAAUAUUCAUUGGUGGUGUGCUUGGUGUAGAUGUAGUAGUGGUACACGAUGGUGACGAUGGUGAUACAAAGUGAUGGUGUUGGUAGGUAGGUACUGCCGGUGCCAGUGCCAUUAACAGUGUUUCGGCCGGAAAUGUAAAGCAUAAUGUGCCGGCAGCUCUUGGAUAUGGAACCUAUUACCAUCCGGUUGUAUAAUACCCAUGCCGACGUUGUUUCGCGCUUAUUCACGCGUUGUCACCGUUCGCGUUCGGGACACGUUGUCGUAUGAGCUAGGAGUGAGACGAAAGGAGAGGGAUAUGUAGUAUAUAUAUAUAUAUAUGUAGCAGGGCUACGUACCCCAUGGGAUUGUUCGAAAGAUAUUAUUAUUUUGUCCGGAUACUUAAGAAAGAGAGACAGUGAAAGGAAAAGAAAUAAAGAGAUAGAGAGAGAGAGAGAGAGAGAGAGAGAGGGAGAAAUGUCAAAUUCGCGAAUGUACACCUAUUUAUACUUUUUUCUUUUUUUUUCUUUUUUCUUUUUCAUAAACAAAAAAGAGAGAAAAACAAAAAAUUGCGGCGACGAAUAAUGUCGAUCGAAUGUUAUAAUUAUCUAUUUAAAACGAUAAGGUAUGAUAGAUAAAAAAGAAAAAAGAUAAAAAAAACAAAAAAAAAAAAAGAAAAAAUGAAAAAAAAAAGAAAAAUAUUUACCUUGCCGCAGAUAUUUCAAUCGUGAUCUAUUCAUUCGUCCAUCCAUCCAUCGAUCGAUCGAUCGAUCUAUCUAUCUAUCUAUUUAUCUAUCUAUCUGUCUAUCUAUCUAUCUAUCUAUCCAUCUAUCUAUCUAUCCAUCUAUCCAUCUAUCUAUCCAUCCAUCCAUCCGUUCGUCUGUUCGUCUAUCGAGUUUGACUGAUUAUUGAUUAGACUAAUCAUAAUAAUAGAUAGAUAUUUGUCAUGAGGUUUGAUAUCGUUCAAAUGACAUCAUCGUAAAUGGUAUUUCAUCGAAAAAUCUCAAUUCGUUUCUUAGUAUAACAAAUAUUAUUUCUUAACGAUAUUGAUAUGAGCUUUAAAUUUAUAGACGGAAGACGGUCUCUGGUAUUAAUCGCGAUCCGAUUCGAAUCGGCUCUUUACACCACGGAGAUAGAGUUCAGUUCGAGUUUACUAAAUCGACAGCUUGGCGUCUUGUAAACACAAGCCGGUGAGAUCCUGUUUGCGCUCAGUCGGGCAUAAUCCAAGUGACCUGUAGCGUGCCAAAGGCCCGAAGAUUCUGCCUUCGCAGCAGCUCGGCGCUGCGGUCGCUCCAUGGCCGGGCGCCACCGGCCUCCUCGCCUCCGUCACCGCUGACGAUAUGGCACACAAAGGUCACAGCGGAGUGAACCAAUUGGGUGGUGUCUUCGUCGGUGGUAGACCGCUUCCUGAUUCGACGAGGCAAAAGAUCGUCGAAUUAGCUCAUUCCGGGGCACGUCCUUGCGACAUCUCAAGGAUCCUGCAGGUCAGCAAUGGCUGCGUUUCGAAGAUCCUUGGCAGCAGGUACUAUGAGACCGGAUCUAUAAGGCCAAGGGCCAUUGGCGGCAGUAAGCCGCGAGUGGCCACGGCGGAAGUCGUCAGCAAGAUUUCACUUUAUAAAAGUGAGUGCCCGUCGAUCUUUGCUUGGGAGAUCAGAGAUCGUUUACUUCAAGAGGGCGUGUGCACGAACGACAACAUUCCAAGCGUUUCGUCCAUCAACAGGGUAUUGAGGAACUUGGCGGCACAGAAGGAACAAAGACAACAACAGCAACAACAGCAACAGGGUGUAGGGGCAGUUGGCGUUGGCGUCGGCGUAGGUGUUGGCGCUGGUAGUCCUGCUGAGAGCGUUUACGACAAGCUCAGGCUACUGAACGGACAGACCACUGGUUGGCCAAGACCCAAUCCCUGGUAUCCGUCGGGUGCGGGAAGCCCUUUCUCGAGUCUUCAGCCUAGUCUAAGUCCGAGCCAUUGCACGGCGCUACCGCCUGAUCCCGCUGAUAUUCUCCACGCCAAAAAGGUGGCUGAUCUCGAAGGAGGCCCUCAUUCUGACGAGACCAACAGCGGCGGUGACAACAGUAACGCCGGCAGUGUAUCUGGUGGUGCAGACGAUGAUCAAGCACGUUUACGACUUAAGAGAAAGCUUCAGAGGAAUCGUACGAGCUUCAGCAACGAGCAAAUCGAUGCUCUUGAGAAGGAAUUCGAGAGGACGCAUUAUCCGGAUGUAUUUGCAAGAGAACGACUCGCUGGGAAGAUUGGCCUACCGGAAGCUCGAAUACAGGUAUGGUUUUCGAAUCGGCGGGCAAAGUGGAGACGAGAGGAAAAGUUGCGUACGCAACGGAGGGACAACCCGCAGCAGCAGCAACAACAGCAACAACAGCAGCAACAACAACAGCAACAACAACAACAGCAACAACAACAGCAACAGCAACAGUCACAGGCUCAACAGCAACAGCAACAAUCUCAUACGGGAGGUGUUAGUCUCGUGGGUGCUGGUCAUCCUACGCCACCUCCACCGACUGGUAUUCUUGGUGGACAGGCACCACCACAGGCACCACCGUCGCCACCCAGAAUACAUCAUGGAUUUGCACCAACCGCUGUUUAUCCAGGAAUACCUAGCAUGCCGGACUCUUACAGUCCCAUGACAUCAAUGCCAAGUUUCACGAUGUCAGGUGGCACCCAACAGAAUCAACAUACGACCAGCAGCAUGUCUUCACUGUCAGGGUCUCUUUCGGGUUCGUUAUCAGGCUCGCUAUCUGGAGGUGGCAUGGGUCCAAUGGGUAUGACGGUUGGCAUGACUGUUGGCCCUAGUCCUGGCGCGUGCCUUCAACAACGUGACAAUGGUUACUCUUGUGGCGUGGCACGACCACCAAGUUACGAGCCGCUUCAUUUGGGAUACGGUGCGAGGCCAACCUGCAGUCCGACCCAGCCUUACCACACCGCGGGCCUUAAUCAGUACAAUCAGAACGCCAGCUCGACCGGUCUGAUAUCACCGGGCGUGAGCGUACCGAUCGCAGUGCCAGGCCAACCAGCACCAGACAUGGCGGCGCAAUAUUGGUCACCAAGGCUACAGUGACCGUGGUGGUCCUCGACGUCGACCUCGUCCUCCUAGGCACGAGUUUCUUCGUCCUCGAUCAGAACCAGAAUAUAAUCGUCGUCGGUUUUAGGACCACCAAGAAAUUUAAUAGAAAGGAAGGAAGGAAAGAAAGGAAUGAAAGGAAAGGAAAGGAAAAAGAAAAGAAAGAACAAAUGAACGAAAGGAUUUUAAAUCAAUUUUCUUAUCGAACACGAUGAGAAGGGACAAGUGUCCGAAGAAUUCGAGUUUUUUAAACGUCGAGCGCCUUUUCUUCUUCUUUUUUUUCUUUUUCUUUCUUGUUUCUUUUACGCUUCUUUUUUUUUGUUUUGUUGUUGUUGUUUUUUUUUUUUUUUUUCUUUUAGAUUCGACGACGACAAUGAUAAUACGACGAUUAAACAGAGAAGAGAUAAUCGAAAACGAUAUCCUCAAGGUCGUUGUGUCGUCAUGAAAAAGGAAAAGAAAAAAAAAGAAAGAAAUAGGAAAAUGCAAGCACCACCGAUCAAUAAUAUUGUAAUUUUGAUUUAACGAGAUAUCAAAGAAAACUUUCCUUCGACAGUUAAUCGUAAUCGGUAAAAAGAGAAUUUGACGUUUUCGAAUAAACUAAAUUAUAAACUAGCAUACUAUAGUGCAUUAAAUAUAUUAAACAAGAUCGCCUUUUCGGUAUGCUUUAUGUUGUAAUUAAAAAUCAUAAUUUAACUUUCACUUAGAAUUACAUUACUAUGUGAAAUAUAAACUAUAGUAUUUUUUUAAGUACUAUGUGAUAUAUAUGAACUAUAGUAUUUGAGAAAUACUAUAAGCUGUAAUAUUUUUUUAAGUACAAUGUUAAUUACAAAUCUAAGAAAGUUACAAAUUUAAGAAAUAGUAUGUGAAACACGAGCUGUAGUAUUUUUUUUUUUUUUUUUUUUUUUUUUUUUUUUUUUUUUUUUUUUUUUAAGUAUUAUAUGAAAUAUAAACUAUAGUAUUUGAGAAAUACUAUGUUGAAAUAUAAACUGUAGUAUUUUUUCUUUUUUUAAAUACUAUGUGAAAUAUAAACUAUAGUAUUUUAUAAGUACUAUAAUUUAAUUAGUACUUUAGUACUAUAAUUUAAUAAAUUAAACAUUAUAUAUGUCUGUAUUAUAUAAACUAUAAAUCAUAGUUUAUGUAAUGCAGACCAUACAUAUGUCAUAUCAUACAUAAAUGAAAACGUCAUGGAUUAAGUCGAGUGCUUUUUCAUUCUGUCGUCGAAAACUCAUCACCGGCUGCGAAUUUUACUCUCGGAUACAUUAUUACAAUAAUGAACUUCAGUGGUUUUUGUAUUUUCUUUCUUGUUUUAUUUUUAAUUUUUUAAUUUUUUUGUUUUUGUUUUUCCUCCCCGCGGAACGUGUAAUUUCUAUCUUCUGGGUGUACGUGCGAUAGUUAAAAGUUGUAAUAUUACGCCCGAGUGGCGUCAGUUGGUACAAACCAGAGGUUAAUUAUUGAAGAAGAAAAAAAAAUUAUAAAUAUAUAUAUAUAUAUAUAUACAUAUAUACACACAUAUAUAUAUGUAUAUAUAUAUAUAUAAAUAUAUAAAUAUAUAAAUAUAUCAUAGCGAUGACAAUUGAUAAUUAUGUUUACUACGUAGUAGUUGAUAAAAGAAAAAGAAAAAAAAAAAAAGAAAAAAGAAUAAAAGAAAAACUAGGACGAGGAAGGAAAAAAGGAAAAAAAAUCAGCUGAGCUUAAACACGUUUUUGUGUGUCUGUUCUACGUGUGUGUUCUUCUUUUUCUUUUUAUCGUUGUACGUUGUCACACUGUAAAAGAUACGAACUAUGCGAACCACAUAUACAUAUACAUAUACAUAUACAUAUACAUAUACAUAUACAUAACACCACUUUCGUCGGAAAUAAAUUCAGAAAUAGAGCGAGAUACGCCAUAACGAUAUGCCAUAACUGGAUAACGCCAUAACGUGCUAUAUCGUUUAAUCUUACGCGAACUUUACACACACUUUUUGCUUGUAUACUCUAUUACUACUACUACUACUACUACUACUACUACUACUACUACUACUACUACUACUACUACUACUACUACUACUACUAUUACUACUACUACUUGCUACUUAUAUUACAUACAUACAUACAUACAUGCAAACCAUACACACAUACGUACACAUAUUCACCACAACAUUGAGUGACAUACGCUUAUCUCGGGCUAAAUAUUUGACAGACGAUCGUUGCUUCUAUUUUAAACUGCCUUUUACGUGUUCAUAAAUAGGGAAAAAAAAAAAAAGAAAAGGAGAAAAAAAAAGAAACGAAAAAAAAAAGCAGAAAGAAAAAAAGAGGAAA